CUCCGAGCCUGGCACGACGACUGGCACGAACGGAGCAAUGCCAAUGGUCCUGGGAGUGGGGCCAUUGCUGGGACCCCGAACAGGAAAUAAUCCGGGCGCUUUCCACGGUGGCGCGGCCGGCUGCUCCUCGUCCUCGGCUUCCACCGGUGGUCCUGAUUUUGUUUUUGGCAAGACGUCGAGCUGCUUAUUUCGAGGACCGCCAGAGACUUGGGCCCCCACCACGAUGCAGUUGUUGCACACGAAACACCAACAACACGAGCAACCACUCGCGACCGGUGGAGCUCCUGCAGCAGGUUCCUACGCCCAGCGUCCGCAUCUCCGUAGCAGCCACGAAUCGUCGACGCCGGACUCGGAACAACAUCUACUUCAACCGGUAGCAGUGACAGGCGGGACAGCGACAUCGAGGUCUGCGCAAGAAGUGCGUUACGUGUUGGCAGCUGCACAACGACAGCGGGAAACACAGGAGGAGCAAGCGCUAGCUGCUGGCGCGGGUCGGCGUGGAGGUGGCGGUUCCAGUCCUGUUUCGUCCCCUCGACACUUUAUUGUUCACACGGGAGGUCCAGAAGAUGACGAGGUGGAUAUUACUACUAGGAUCGUCGGCUCGGAAGCAGAUGCUGAGGAGCAAGAGGAUGAGCCUUUGGGCAUUCUGAAUCUGCGAAAUCUGCAACAACGAGGCGAGCACGAGCGCGACGACGAGGAUGCUUCCUCUGGCAUAUGGAUUGCAAAAAUGUCUGGGUCUGGAAGAAUUCAUGUUUGUCAUGCUUUUCUGGCAUGACUCUUAAAUCUGUCAUGCACGUUACCCAAGAGCUCCGGUCCGCUUUUCUGUGACGCAGAAGUGCAGUUUGUCAUGCAGAAUAGGCAACACCUAGGAGCUCAGAAACUUGUCAUGCUGAGCCAGAAUUUGUAGCCUCAUCAUGAGACGCCACCCAGCAUCACAAGUUUCCAGACCCAGACAUUUUUACUUUUGAUACGGCACCGCCUCGACCAAUUUGGACGCGAUCGAGGAGGGACAGGAGACUUUGAGCGAGGCUAUGACCAAGCUGAGUCUGUCCAAGCGGGGCGGUGCGUUUUCCUCCGACAACAUGUCGUGGGUGAGCGCGGAAGGCGCAGCGGGAGGUGGCCGGAGUUCUAAGACCCCCGCGACGACCGGAGGGGGUCAUGGUGUGGACACUCAUCGUGCUGCUGAUGUAUCAAACUGAAAAUAAGUUCCCCACGACCCUCAGAAGACCGAGCAGUUUCGAUAUUGCAUAUUAGGGUUUCUAUAGAAGAAACUCUUUUGUCUUGCAGAAAAGAAAAAAUAUGCGACGUUUAUUUCAGAAUCAGAAUGAUCUAAACCAGUUGAUUUAGCAUGUUGGCAGAACAGAUAUAUCAUAUAUCGCUCGUUGGAAUGUGACGCAUCGCAUCUUUCGUUUAUAAUUCAGGGUCGCGAAUAAUGAUCUGUGGCGCUACUACCUACAUACAAGGUACAAGUUGCAAAUGUUCCGAGUGGGAAAUUUUGCAAUACAAAUUCAAAUGCUUCCAACUCCUGGGGUGGUCCUCGUAGGGGCCUUUUUCAUUUUGAUACACUGCUUCGUCCGUGACGGUGGAUCUGGAUCAUCUACAGGAGGUACAGGAGGCUUCGUCCCUUUGGGUGGAUCAUCUACAGGAGCUACAAGAACUACGGGAGGACGAAAUCAUCAUGGUCACGUCAUCUAUGAGCGAGGAAGAGGUCGCCGCUGCCGGCAGUAUGAUAGCCUCCCAUCACCACCAGUUGUUGGGCAAGACCAAGAACCUCCGUGGGAGAGGUUGUCUAGAAGCGCGGGGCGGGAGCAGCGUCGUGCAAGUAGGCGGGGGUCGUAGUUCUGCUCUGACCUCCAUAGGCGACGUUGAACAAGACGUCAGUUUUAGAAGUGCGGAUAGGUGGACCACUACAGAAGCUUCACUUGCAGCUGCGCAUAAUGGUACCACGUUGACCGAACAGAAUGUGAAAAUGUGGCAAGAUGAAAUGCUGCGCCCGGUUCCUCGUGCGCCCGGUCCCUGUUUAUUUUCCGACAAGGACGACCAGCCUGCUUCGUCGGCAGCAGCCGGGAAACGUGACGCAAAUUCUUCCAAGGAGGACCAGCUCCACUGGCAGCUCUGGCGAUACAAGCAAGCCCCGGGUGGAAAUGGAGGGCAAGGCGGGCACGACCGCCAGGUGCAGCAGGACGAGGGCGCGCCCCCGGCGGGGGUGGGGCGUGGUGCUGCAGCAGGUUUGAGUUCAUUCGAAAUGAACCAUCCUCCGCCCACGGCUGGUCUUCCGCCAGCGACCCGAGGAGCCGCGGGCCAUGGUCAUAUCCGAGUGGACAGUGAUCAUACUUUUGGACGAGAUUUAUUUGAUUGUAUCCAUGAUGCAAAUCUCGGUCUGUGUCUAUUCAUUGGAAAGACGUGCUGAUGCUACUUUGUGAACAACGAACGCAACGGAACGCCCUGCAAUGGCAAUGCGCAGCCAAGCAUGAGAAGUGUUUCAGCAGCUACGUGUUGCAAAUUCCGCUGGAAGAUAACUUGCGCUCCUGCAUGACAGGCGCGAAAACUUGUUUUCGUGGAUAUGCAUAUGACAAGCACGCAUGACAAAUCUUGUUGCUGUAAUCAAUCUUGUUCCAGACCCAGACAUAGAAUUUGCAUUGGAUAUUGGGA